CGUUACUCAGCCAGGUGACAGCUGAGCCAGCAGGGAGAUACCGCGGGCUGUGCUCUACACGACAGAACAGCCAACAUCACGAUAAUUGUCAGCGCCAAAUCAAAGUAACGUCAGACAGCCAUCGCCAGCAUGUCAGAGCCGGCCGGGGACUCGAAGUUGGAGGUGAAGCAGGCGAGCAAAGAGGUGAAAGAGAGCGAAAACGUCGCGGAAAAAUAUUCAGCCAUGACCGUAAGCAAGAAUAGCGAAAUGAACAUGGGUGAGCUGUCGUCCGUCUUCAGCGCUGUGCCCACUCACAAACCAGUAAAAAAGCAAAUUCAGUUUGUGGAGGACAAGCAGGAGUUCAGCAGGUUCCCAACCAAGGCAGGCCGUCGGUCCUUGUCCCGCUCCAUCUCUCAGUCAUCCACAGACAGCUACAGCUCCGCUGCGUCUUAUACGGAUAGCUCCGACGACGAGACUUCACCACGGGACAAAACACAGGUCAACUCCAAGGGCAGCAGUGACUUCUGUGUCAAGAACAUCAAACAGGCUGAGUUCGGCAGACGUGAGAUUGAGAUCGCAGAACAAGAUAUGUCAGCCCUGAUCUCGCUCAGGAAGAGAGCACAGAGUGAGAAACCAUUGGCAGGUGCCAAAAUUGUGGGCUGCACUCACAUCACUGCUCAGACUGCAGUGCUGAUUGAGACUCUGGUGGCUCUUGGGGCUCAGUGCCGCUGGACUGCCUGUAACAUAUAUUCUACGCAGAACGAAGUGGCUGCUGCUCUGUCAGAGACAGGUGUGGCUGUGUUUGCCUGGAAGGGGGAGUCUGAGGAUGACUUUUGGUGGUGUAUUGAUCGCUGUGUCAACACUGAGGGUUGGCAGCCUAACAUGAUCCUUGAUGAUGGAGGAGACUUGACACACUGGAUGUACAAGAAAUACCCUAAUGUAUUCAAGAAGAUCAGGGGCAUCGUAGAGGAGAGUGUCACUGGAGUUCACAGGUUGUAUCAGCUGUCCAAAGCUGGAAAACUGUGUGUGCCAGCGAUGAAUGUAAAUGACUCUGUGACAAAGCAGAAGUUUGACAACCUGUACUGCUGCAGAGAGUCAAUCCUAGACGGCUUGAAGAGAACCACAGAUGUCAUGUUUGGAGGCAAACAGGUGGUCGUUUGUGGGUACGGUGAGGUUGGAAAAGGUUGUUGUGCUGCUCUGAAAGCUCUGGGAGCCAUCGUCUAUGUUACAGAGAUUGAUCCCAUCUGUGCCCUGCAGGCCUGCAUGGAUGGAUUCAGGGUGGUCAAGCUGAAUGAGGUCAUUCGCCAGGUUGAUGUCAUCAUCACAUGCACUGGGAACAAGAAUGUGGUGACCCGGGACCAGCUGGACCGAAUGAAAAAUGGCUCCAUUGUCUGCAACAUGGGUCACUCCAAUACUGAGAUUGAUGUGGCUAGUCUUCGGACCCCCGAGCUGACCUGGGAGAGAGUGCGUUCUCAGGUGGACCACGUGAUCUGGCCUGAUGGCAAGAGAGUUAUACUUCUGGCUGAGGGACGUCUCCUCAACCUCAGCUGCUCCACUGUCCCUACCUUUGUCUUGUCCAUCACAGCCACCACUCAGGCCCUCGCCCUUAUAGAAUUGUACAAUGCUCCAGAGGGACGAUACAAGCAGGAUGUUUACUUGCUUCCUAAGAAGAUGGAUGAAUAUGUUGCCAGUCUCCAUCUGGCCACUUUUGAUGCCCACCUCACAGAGCUUACUGAUGAGCAGGCAAAAUACCUGGGCCUCAACAAGAACGGUCCUUUUAAACCCAACUACUACAGGUAUUAGUCUGCAAGGGAACCACCAUCAGCACAGUUAAAUGUGGACGGUAACAUUACCUAUCCCUCAGAUAAACAAAAGAUUUAUGUAUAUUGAAUUUAUACUCUCCACAGGAUGCAGAGCAUAUAUUUAGUUGUAUUUUACUGACCACAGCAAGUUUUUACCUCACUUGCUACUUCCUACGGAUGAUGGACAUGGCACCCAGCUGGCUAUGAAACGUCAAUGUAACUACAGCACUUACAUCUGCUGUUUAUUUUCUGGUACAUCUGUUUCAAUACCUGCUGACUCCUAGGUUAUUUAGAGUUCUGAUAGAUAUUGAAUAAUGUAUCAAUAUAUGGUGUCAAAUAACUGUGAAAGGGAAGGAUUGCAGUUGUUGUGAAAUUUUAAUGGUUAGUUGUGAAAUCUGUUAAACCUUCAGCGACAUUUUUGAUAUAAACAUUGUAUCAAAUUCCUCCAUGUAAUGCAAAAGAGACAUUUGAAACGCAAAACCGACAAAGCUGUUUAGCCACCUUUAGCUCGUUGGUUUGGCUCUCUUGUCAACCUCCUGAAUGAAGCUGUUGGCAGCCUUUUCCAGAAAAGAAGCUUAGACAAACCUAGUCUGGCACAAAAUGUCCCAACUCCUGGCUCGUGAAAAAAGUCAAAUGUUUUUCUCCUAAGUAGGUAGACUGGGUCACAACAAAAAGGCCAGUGAAUAUUGGACUUAAAUGUAUCAGAAAUUUGGCCAGAAAUUUGACAAAUUAGAUGAAGCUGUGUGUCUGCUAGGUGCUGAAGUCAGCAAUUGUUUUGCAUACAAAUGAGCCAUAACAACUUAAUAAGCUGAUUGUAAAUCAAUGCUGUGUAUCUGUGAGUCUGUUUUGGAGUCUUUCUACCCCCAGGGUGGUGGGGAAGAAAAAGCAGCUUUAAAGUUUUCUUUCUGUUUGAUGCGGCAGCACUCACUCGCUUAAUACAUUCCAUCCACAAGAUACAGAAGAAAUGUCCUGACCUCUGUAGUACCAUCACCGUUACUGCUAACAUUCAGCAGAUAUGGGUAAAGAGGAACUUGAGUGCUUUUAGACUAUGGCAAAAAUAAGAAGAGAGCUUGGCAUUUAUUUUCUUGAAAAGAUGUGUCCAUUUUUGAGGUUUUUGGUGGUCUGGUAAGAAUAGUAUCUGCAGCUCAGGGCAUUCAAAUAUCUCAAAUUAUCUGUAAAUAUAUUUUUACCACAUCUUCACUGUCGGACGUUAGUAUCCAUGUCUAAUCUCACUGACAUUCUAAUGAAAUUACUAUUUACAGUAGAGGUGUAAAAAAGUUUAGAUAAUUUGAUACUGUAUGAUCUAUACCACCUGUCUAGAGUACAUCAACUAUUGCAGCUAUGUAUAUUCUUUGUAAUGCAUGUUGAGCAGUGUUAGAUACAGUAUGUUUAUACUGUACAUGCAACAGCAUCUGAUGAGCCAGUCUAAUAAUGGUAUUUGCUGAAGUGCAACAUUUAGUUUCUUUUUUUUUUUUUUUUUUUAGAAUUCUCACAGGACUCUGAUCUUGUUUUAACUAGAGGAUGUCUGUUUUUCUAUUAAAGAUUUUAACAACAGAAAAGUAAUCUUACAUCCUCAAAUGCUGUGGGCCUAGACAUGGAUAAACUUUGUUGUCAACACAUUUGCCUGGUCAGAUGUGUUAACUUUACCUCUGUGUUAUCUUGCUCUUUUGCACCAUUAUUAUAGCUAUUCUAAUCACACAUUGUUUUGAUUUGUUUCCUGAAAUGUUUCAUUGUUUAAAAGGCUUAAGCAGUGUUUAGUGAGGCUUGUUAAAUGCACAAGUUCAGUAUACCACAUUUACUUCUCUAUAUUCACAUGUCACAUUUUUUUAAGAUUUGUGUCCACAUUGGAAAACGUAGUUGAGGUGAAUGUUUUUGGGUUUUUUUAAUUCAAACUAUAUAGUGGGAAGGUAGUUGUUCUUGCUGAAUUUGAAGCUCUUCAACACAAUUCAACAUGCUGUACUUUACGCUGGUGGCCUGUGGGCCGAUCUUAAUCCACACAGUUGACAGUAUUACUGUCCCUGCCAAGGGUUCAGCACCUUGUUACCUUGUUAAGGUGUUGCUCUGCAUCCAGUAUCACCCUGCCUCACCCUUCAAAAACCUUAAACUUUUCGUGCAGUUACAGGUAACUCCUGUAUUUAUUUUGUGCAGUAAUUUAAUUUUUUCUCUUUUUUAAUGAGUUGAUUUUAGUCACUUACUGCCGUUUAUUGAAUAUUAGCCUACACUGUGCUACUAUGAAAUGCUUUCAUCUUUGCACAAGCAGCUUUAAAGGCAAUAGAGCCAAGGACAUUCAGUGAGGAAAUCAUUGUCAGCAAGAUGAGCACUGUAACCAUGGUUACUGGUCAGUUGGCAGUGCCUUGUGGCUCACUUAGCAAUUUUUAUUCACACGUACAACUGUGUUUUUCUCCAAGUAUGGUAAUGCCCAACAUGGUUGUUAUUCUGCAAUAUACAAUAUAGCUAUGCAGCAAAAAAUACUCACUUGAGUCGAAAAUAUUUUACUUACUGCAGUGUUGGAGAGCUAUUAAAUCACGUAACUUAAAUAUGCAUUAAUCUAAGAUCACUAACAGUUUCAGACUUUAGAAGGCAACAUUUUACAUUAUGGUGUUCUUUUGUACUUUUUACAUUGAUUUUAAUGUCUAUUUUUAAUUCCAGUCUUAUUUCUUUCAACAAUCAUACAUUGUAAUGACUUGCAGUGAUCAUAAUAGCACCAUGCCUUUUAUAAUGACUCCCUCUUGCUUUAAUCAAUAAUAAGGCUUGUGUUACCCUAGUUUUAACUCUGUUACAGAGACAAAUGAAUGUGUUAUUUCUGGAGUACACAGCUUUACUCUUGUCAAUUGAAAUAAAAUAAGCAUACCACUGUGAUUUGACAGUUGUGCACUGUUGCUGAUUUUAUGUUUCUGCAAAUGAUGUAUUAGUGAUAAAGUAGGCCUAUAUUUUCAACAUUGUAGUUUAGACAAUUUCAGUAGCAUACACCCUGUUACAUUUCUGUGCACAAUUCCCUUUAAUA